AUGGUGAGGGUCAAGUCAAGUGGCCAAGAUGCUUCUUCCAAGCCGAAGAUUGAUUCUUUAGCUCUCAAGAAGAAGGUGAUCAGCUCAACCAAACACCCACCUGUUUCGAAGAUGAAGUCUGUCACCACUGUCACAAAAUCUGAGGUUAAAUCAAAACAGGUAACAACAUCAUCAGCGCCAUCGAAAACUAUAACAAAGACAACUACUUCCAAAGUGAGAGAAAAGAAAGUUUACAGCCUGCUUGGCCAGAAACACGAUCCUCCAGAACAGAAAGAACCCCUGAGGAUUUUCUAUGAGUCGUUGUCAAAACAGAUACCAACAAGUGAAAUGGCGGAAUUUUGGUUAAUGGAACAUGGGUUGCUAUCUCCUGAAAAGGCUAAGAAAGCAUUUGAGAAAAAGCAGAGAAAGCAAAAGGAGCUUCGAACAGGAACUCCUGUGAAGAUAUCAAAGCCACCAACUAAGACUGAAACCUCACAGAGACAACAACAACAGGUAUCAAAGAACGGAGACAUAAAAGCCAAGAAAAGGCUUGUCAAUGAGAGUGAUGAUGAUGACGAUUUCAUUUUAAGUCAUAAAAGAAGAAAAUGGUAA